AUUUAGGAAUUUUAGACAAAUUCUUAAAUUCCAUCGAAUAGAAAAAAUCUGACAAUUUUUCGACUCUACCAACACAAACAGUUGUUUUUGCCACAGUCAAAAUAACUAAUAAUCAAUGCGACCUGUUUUUUUACUUCAUAUAUUUGACCUUCUCAAGGUGACCGAUAUCAAAGGAAAGCUGUGAGUUGCUAGUGACUAGUGAAAUUCGACAGGACUCAGUGAGCGGACGGGUGCUUGCGAUUAUUUUACUUUAAAUUUCCUUAAACAAGAUGAGCGUACAGACUGACGCGGAAAAGCGUAAACAGAUAUCUGUCAGAGGAAUUGUUGCUGUCGAAAAUGUGACUGAAGUAAAGAAGGCGUUCAAUCGUCAUGUCCAUUACACUUUAGUGAAAGAUCGAAAUGUUGCGACCCCGCGGGAUUACUAUUUUGCUCUCGCACACACCGUGAAAGAUCAUCUUGUCUCCAGGUGGAUUCGUACUCAACAAUACUAUUAUGAAAAUGAUCCUAAGAGAGUCUACUAUUUGUCCUUGGAGUACUAUAUGGGGCGUUCUCUUCAAAAUACCAUGAUCAACCUUGGCAUCCAAGGUACUGUUGACGAAGCAUUAUACCAACUUGGUCUGGAUAUUGAAGAAUUAGAAGAACUUGAGGAAGAUGCUGGUCUGGGAAAUGGAGGUCUUGGACGCUUAGCAGCUUGUUUCCUAGACUCUAUGGCGACAUUAGGUCUUGCUGCGUAUGGAUAUGGUAUAAGGUACGAAUAUGGUAUAUUUGCUCAAAAAAUUGAAAACGGAGAACAACAGGAAGAGCCUGAUGAUUGGUUACGUUUCGGAAACCCCUGGGAGAAGGCAAGACCUGAGUUCAUGCUGCCAGUUAACUUCUAUGGUAGUGUAGUUGACACACCCGAUGGAAAAAAAUGGAUUGAUACACAGGUGGUAUUUGCAAUGCCAUACGAUAACCCUAUUCCUGGUUAUAACAAUAAUGUUGUGAAUACAUUGCGACUGUGGUCGGCGAAGAGCCCCAUUGAUUUCAAUCUUAAAUUUUUCAAUUCUGGUGAUUAUAUUCAAGCUGUAUUGGAUCGCAACGUUGCCGAAAACAUAUCGCGUGUUUUGUAUCCCAACGACAACUUCUUCGAAGGCAAAGAGUUGCGUUUGCGCCAAGAAUACUUCAUGUGUGCUGCCACGCUCCAGGAUAUUAUCAGACGGUACAAAGCAUCUAAGUUCGGAUGCCGAGAUGCCGUUAGAACUUCGUUUGAACAUUUACCUGAAAAAGUAGCCAUCCAAUUAAAUGACACUCAUCCGGCUCUGGCUAUACCUGAAUUUUUGAGAAUCUUAGUCGACAUUGAAAAGGUUCCCUAUGAACAAGCUUGGGACUUAGUUGUUAAAUGUUGUGCAUACACCAACCACACAGUCCUGCCUGAGGCUCUCGAAAGAUGGCCAUGCUCGAUGCUGGAAAAUGUUCUGCCGAGACAUAUGCAAUUGAUUUACCAUAUCAACUUUUUACAUUUGCAAGAGGUGCAAAAGCGUUGGCCCGGCGACAUGGAUCGUUUGCGCAGAAUGUCCUUGAUUGAAGAAGAAGGUGAAAAACGCGUCAAUAUGGCUAAUUUAUCUAUUGUCGGCUCUCACGCUGUCAAUGGUGUAGCAGCCAUUCACUCCGAAAUCUUAAAAGCCACUAUUUUCCGCGACUUUUUCGAAAUGUGGCCUGAUAAAUUCCAAAAUAAGACUAACGGCAUCACUCCCCGGCGUUGGUUGCUCCUCUGCAACCCUGGCUUAUCUGAUCUCAUCUGCGACAAGAUCGGAGAAGAUUGGAUCGUCCAUUUGGAGAAGUUGAAGGAGCUGAAGCGCUGGGCUAAGGACCCGGCUUUCCAGCGCGCCGUUAUGAAAGUGAAGCAAGAGAAUAAACUCAAGCUGGCGGCCCUUAUUGAAAGGGAUACCGGAGUUAAAAUUAAUCCCGCGUCGAUGUUCGAUGUCCAAGUGAAGCGCAUCCACGAGUACAAACGUCAGUUACUGAAUAUUUUGCACGUGAUCACGCUUUACAACCGCAUCAAGCGCGACCCCAGCGCGUCUUUCACGCCGAGGACUGUUAUGAUCGGUGGCAAAGCCGCUCCUGGAUACUUCAUCGCCAAACAAAUUAUCGCUUUAGCCUGUGCAGUUGGAAAUACUGUGAACAACGACCCAGACGUAGGUGACAAGUUGAAGCUGAUAUUCCUCGAGAACUAUCGGGUGACCUUGGCAGAGCGUAUCAUCCCGGCAUCGGAUUUGAGCGAACAGAUUUCAACAGCAGGAACUGAGGCAUCCGGCACCGGCAAUAUGAAGUUUAUGCUAAAUGGAGCGUUAACUAUUGGCACCAUGGACGGAGCCAACGUUGAAAUGGCCGAAGAAGCUGGUGAAGAGAACUUUUUCAUUUUCGGAAUGAGAGUUGACGAUGUCGAAGCACUGAAACAGCGCGGGUACAACGCAUACGAGUACUACGAGCGCAACCCGGAGCUGCGGCAGUGCGUGGAGCAGAUCCGCAGCGGGUUCUUCUCGACGGGCGAGCCCGGCAAGUUCGCGCACGUCGCCGACGUGCUGCUGCACCACGACCGCUUCCUGCACCUCGCCGACUACGACGCUUACGUCGAGGCCCAGCAGAAAGUCGCCGACGUAUACCAGGACCAGACAAAAUGGGCGGAGAUGGUGAUCGAGAACAUCGCGUCGUCUGGCAAGUUCUCGUCUGACCGCACCAUCACGGAGUACGCCCGCGAAAUCUGGGGCGUGGAGCCCACCUGGGACAAGCUGCCCGCCCCGCACGAGACCGCUUAGAUACACCUCGCGUAUGUUAUUCACUUUCAUAAACGAUGCGGUUUUAUUUUUUCGUAGUUAUGACUCGAAGAAUUGUAUCUGAAAAUUUUUUGGAGAUUAAAUGUAGCGUUGUCUUGUAGUCGCCACAGAUCAGUAUGUAUGUACAUAUGUAGUGUUAAAUUGUACUUUAAACUCGCAGCUUGUUAACUUAAAAAAAAAUAUAUAUUUUUAAUCAAUACUUUUUUAAGUUAAAAACGGAUGGAUUACUGAAAUGUAUUUACUAAUUAUUCUUUGUUUGAUACAUACACCUUCAUUGAUUUGUUUCCAUUUCAUCCAUGCAAACAUUAAAUAAAACCAUUUUUUUAUAAUACGAUAUUGACAAAUUGAGGUUUACAAGAAUACAUCUGUAGUGUUCUUUUUUAAUUCUCUUUUUUUCUUAAGAUAUAUAAAUAAAGUAAUUGUUUUUGCUUUAUAUAGAAAAGCGUAGAGGAAACGAAAGAAUUAACAAAAUAUGAUGUUGUCAACUUGAGUGGCUCAAUGAUAUCUGUGUGCCCGCCCUUACAGUCUCUAACGGAAUUGCAGAAACAUCACAGAUGAAUGAGCUCUAAAUAUUUAUCAAGUUUAGUGUGUUAAGGGCCUAUGGAUAAAUGUUAAAAAUAUAAUACAAACAAUUUUCUCGUUGGAUCGUUCGUUGAAGUUUUAUACAAUUUUUUUUAUACUAAUUUAAGACAAUAAUUUUUUUAUUACAUUUAUGAAUUAUUUGAAUGUGCCAUAAGGGAUUUUCACCAAAUAGAAUUAGAAGUGUAAUGUAAAAUUUUCGACUUUUUGUAGUUCGUUAAUGAGAUAGGACAUCUAAUAAUAUGUCAGCAUCUCAUUAUAGUUUUAUUGGAAAUAAAUCAUAAUAUACAUAUA